AUGAAUGGUUGUCCGUAUGAACGAACACUGCGAAAUAAGGUUGAGAAGGAGUUUCAUGCAGAUUUCAAGUCGUUUUCGCAGAUGGUGCCAUGUGCAACGCUAUAUGAAAUGGAAAAGCAAGUUCAGGCAUUGUUUACCAUAUCCAAAUUUCGAGAGUUUCAAGAUGAGAUAACUGGGAAGGUCUACUGCGAUGUCAUAUCUAUGUCUGACGGGUGUUCGGAGAGGAUAUAUGAGGUCGAGGAGGAUGUUAUAUAUGAAGACAAAGUGAGGAAGAAAAAAUUCACCGUUUGGUUUCGUGCAGAGAUGUGCGAUAUUGUUUACAGUUGUCAUCUGUUUGAGUUUCGAGGAAUUCUAUGCAGACAUGCCAUUUCAGUGUUAAUGCGUAACGCCGUCACAUCACUGCUGGACCGGUACAUAUUGAGGAGAUGGAGGCGAGAUAUUUGUAGAGCUCACACGAGAGUGUCAGUGAACUAUGCCGGUUUGGUUAGCACUCCUGAUCAGGUUAGGUAUGAGAACAUGUGCGAUGAAUUUGCUACAUUGGCAGGCAUAGCUGCAAAUAAUGAAGACCGAUGUUGUGAGAUACAUCGCAGUGCAGAGCGUCACACGACACGGGCAGUGGCAAUAUACAAGAUCCUAAAUGCGCGAAACAGAAGGGCGCGCCAAGGAAGCUUCAUAAGAAAAGCCCACUGGAGUUAA